AUGAGGGACUGUUACACAAUUACAAUAGCAAUAUUAUUAAUUAAUAUUACACUACUAUGCUUCAAUAUAAUUCAUGUGGAUUGUUAUGAAAGACGAGAAAAGAAAGUGAAUAGUAGUGUAAUAGGUAUUGUAAAAUGGAAGUUUGAAGAAUUCGGUGUACAUAUUACAGUUAUGUCAUUUUUAUUAAUAAUGAUUUUAAUCAAAUUAUUACAUCAUCGUGUGUAUUAUAUAUCAGAAUAUUUUCCAGAAUCUUUACUAUUAAUUAUUAUUGGUAUUUUAUUCGGUUUAAUAAUUUAUUAUGGUAUUGAAAAAGAUAUAAAUGAAAAAAGUGUUUGGAAAUUAACCCCUUUAUUAUUUUUCAUAUAUUUACUACCACCAAUUAUAUUACAAUCAGCUUAUACAAUGUAUAAUUCAACAUUUUCUGAUUAUCUUGGAGUUGUUUUAAUAUUUGCUGUAUUGGGUACAAUAUUCAACUUUUUAAUUAUUGGAUUUGUUAUGUAUGCACUAAAUGAAGUAGGAGCAUUUGGACCACCAAAAUUGGAUUUUGAUGUCAAAGGAUUUUUGUUAUUCAGUUCAUUGAUUGUUACUGUUGAUCCAGUUGCUGUGUUGGCCAUCUUUCAAGAUAUUGGUGUGGAAUUAGGCUUAUACUAUAUUGUAUUUGGAGAGUCUUUGUUGAAUGAUGCUGUAACUGUUGUACUGUAUGACAUCAUGGAUGCAUUCACUGGGAAGGAAUAUGUAUCUGGAAAAGAAAUUGGAAUCGGCAUUGCAUCUUUUUUCGUAGUAAGUUUAGGUGGACUUUUCAUUGGUGUCCUGUUUGGAAUUGUCACAUGUUUAAUAACUCGAGUUAGAAAUCGUUUGAAUGCUUUCACUCUACUGUUGCUUGCUUAUUUUUCCUACAUAAUGGCUGAUUGUGUUGGAUGGUCAGGGAUUAUUUCAAUGAUUGGCUGUGGAUUGUUUCAAGCUGCCUAUGCAUUUCAUAACUUAGAUCGGAAUUCAGUAACAUUAGUACGUAAUUUAACUAGAAUUGUCUCUGAUAUAUGCGAAUCUGUGAUCUUUUUAUUUUUUGGGAUUGAGGUGGUCUCUACUAAACUUGUCUGGCAUACUGGUUAUAUUCUCUGGGCGUUAACUGGAUGUCUGAUCGCUCGUACUGUUAUCAUAUUUGGUAUAACAUUUUUUGUAAAUUUUUUCAGAAUAAGUGGAACAAACAUAAGUUUAUCACAACAGAUAGUUUUAAUCUAUGGUGGAUUGAGAGGAGCUGUAGCGUUUUCACUGGCAGUCCUAAUUUCUCCAAGUAAACUAGGUUAUCAUGGUGAAUAUAACCGACAACUGAUUGUCACAACAACCAUAUUCAUUAUCUUAUUCACAUGUGGUUUUAUGGGAUUGACAAUGAAACCAUUGGUGAGAAUUUUGAAAAUACGUAUAGAAGGUGAUAAAAAAUUAAGUCAAUUUGAUUCAUUGAAUGAUAGUAUCCUACAUGGUACUCUAGCUGGUGUUGAAAGUAUCAUAGGCUAUCGUGGUUACAAUGCAAUAUGUGAUCUUUUCAAGCGUUUAGAUGAAAAGUAUCUACGUAGAUUCCUUCAACGUGAACCUGAGACAUAUGAUCAAAGAAUAUUGAAAAUUUAUGAAAAGGUUACUCUUAAACUACAUUAUGCUUCAAUGUCUCCAAAUAAAACAGAAAGUAUACUGAAAAAUGUUCCAGACUCAUUGAAGUAUAAAUUUAUGUCUUCAAAUGCUUCAACAAUGUCAAUACCAGGUUUAAUCCAUUCCACAGGAUCAAUGUUGAAUCUGUCAGUUUUAAAUAAGCCUAGUAUACAUGAUUCAAGGCAAUAUAUGCCAAGAAAUAAAGUUUCAAACAACUUUAUAAUAGACAGGAAUCGAGGACAACAAUAUGGAUUAAUUGACAGUCAAAAGGUACUAAGACAUGAAAUGAAGAAAGUAUUCCUUGAUCCUCAUAAAGCCAAACUGAUUCCAGAACAGAAAUGUCAAGUAGAUUUCGAUGAAAAAUUCUUUGAUGUCAUGAAAUCACGUAGUCAAGCUUUAAGAUAUAAAUUGCAUACAUCUAAUAAGAGAUGUGAAAUACACCAACCAUCAGUCAACAGUCCAGUUCAUUACGUUGAAGAUGAUGAACUUAUAGAUUCUAAAUAUUUUAAAGAGACAAAGUUAGACAGAUCAGCUAUAGAUUAA